AUGGCGGACAACAAUCUGAGUGCAGAUUUGCACCAAAUUGCAAAAAAGAUACUGAGAGGUCGUUAUGACAAAAUAGCUGCUGCAGUUUGGAGGCAUGAUGCUCUCAGAAAGCACAUAGUUGCCAUAUUCUCUAAAGAGAUUAACAGAGAAUGUGAACGGAUGUGCCAAUUAAAGCUAGAACCAAGCAUAUUGAGGAUGUCACCAAAAGACGACAUGCUGGCAUUUUCAUUUAAAAAGGUUGACGAAGAAUUAAGUGCCAAAGCCCCUCUUCUAAGAACUGUGCUCAUGGCAGCCACCUUACGCCGUUCAAAAUCACCAGACAUUAAUGGUAGAUGGUUGCCUAUUGUUUCAACUGCUGCUGCAGUUUGUUUUAAGGGAAGAAGUAAAUUCCUUACAGCUAUGCAACUUCUUAUCUCAACAAUUGUCCAGCACUCUUCUUACUCUGCAAGUAAAAUUGUUUGGCAUGAGACACUAUGUCUCAUGGUUUCACACAAAUAUUUUAAUCGGAAAUUGGAUGAAUUUGGACAUGACCAUGACAAGGCCAUCAAGCAGAAAAUUGAAAACAAAGUCAAUGCAAUAAAGCAAAAAGUCGAAGUUCUGCCAAGUUAUUUAGAUCAUGUGCUUCAGCAAAAGCAUUACAUUUACUUAGUUGCAAGAAUAAUAACAAAGUAUGCCCCAUGUCUACAGUUUCUCCAGAAAUCUGUACCAAAGCACAUUCCUCACCCAUAUAGCAAUGAGAUGACACAGCAGACCAACACUACAUUCCUUGGAGUCAUUUAUGAAAACGAGAAUUUUUCAGAGGGCAUUGUUAAAGUCCUACAGGAUUUACAGCAGUACCAGCCAGCCUGUGGAGAAUGAGAGGAAAAAAUAUAUAUGGCACCCAAGGCAUGCAAGCUGACC